AUGGGGAAGACCCUCAUGGACGGCAAAUCUAAGGCCCAACGCCCGUCCAAGUCGGAGAGUUUUGAAAGUUUUAGAGGUCCCCUCAUUACCACUAAAAUGCACCAACAACAGCUUCCCCAUCGUCGCCAUCCCCAGCAGCAGCAACCAAGGCCGCAGCAACAGCAGCAUCAACGCCCUCGGCCGUCCGACCGCACCGUUUUUCCCCAAAAGACAGCAGCAACCGCAGCGACAGUGGUGCGCAGAGACUACCCGUCUCCUGAGCCAGAAAGCAUUAAAGAAGAGGAGCUGGACGGUAGUCAUCACAGUGACAUCAGAAUCGAGCAGACCAACUACGCCAUUAUCCCCUCCGCUCCACCCCGUGUAAACACCCCCGAUGAGGCGGAACAGCUAGAACUGACUCCCUACAGUAGGCCACCCUCGAACACACAGCCUCCGAUAGACCUGCUUCACAGCGCGUCAGCAGUGCCGCCUGGCAAGUCUGACGAAAAUAACUGUUCGACAGAGAAGGAGGGACUACUCAAGCACUCGCCAGACUCCCCCGAUGGUUCUCACUCCUCAAGACGCGGCAGAAUGAACAGUUUUCAGAAUGAUUCAGAGGGCUUUAUGGAGGAACUGGAGAUCUCUCAGUCGACUGACUGGAUGACCUCAAUACUCACUGUCCUGAGCUACGUCAUCGUAGUCCUCACCUUUCCCUUCUCCAUGUUCUUCUGCCUCAAAACUGUGGCGGAAUAUGAGAGGGCAGUGGUACUGCGGAUGGGUCGUUUGCUUCCUGAUGGCCACGGCACUAAGGGUCCCGGUCUCUUCUUUAUCCUGCCCUGUAUUGAUAGCUUUCGCAAGGUGGAGCUACGUACAGUGACCUUUAGCAUCCCUCCGCAGGAGGUCUUGACAAGAGACUCUGUCACCGUGGCGGUGGACGCAGUGGUCUACUAUCGCAUAUGCAAUCCCGCGGUCUCCUUCCUCAAUGUAGAGGAUGCCGCCAGGUCGACACGGCUGCUGGCCCAAACGACGCUAAGGAAUGUACUGGGCACAAAGGACUUAGCCCAGAUUCUGAUGGAUAGGGAGGAGAUGUCUGCGACCAUGCAGUCAACACUUGAUGCUGCCACGGAGGCCUGGGGCGUCAAGGUAUGAUCUCACAGCCCCCCACCCCAUUCGACUCCCACUAAUGUAUUUACACUCACUCGCGUGGAAAAGAUGUGUGUGAAUUUCUUCAUUUUUAAUGCUAUAGUUAUUUGUUGGCUUAUAAGCAGGAAGCAAACACACAAAAGGUAAAUUAUCAAAAUGUUUUCAGUGAUAACAGGUGCUUUAGGCCAGUACCCUUGUUCUUUAACGCGAAAAUGACAGCACCGAAUACGGUACUACCCAAGAUACGGCCUGAUUUCCCUUUUGUCGAGUUACACUUACUGUUACAGCGCCCAUCUGUUAGGCCACACAGAGAAUUGAACCUUUGUUUUCAUUAGCUGUCAAGGUUAGUGUAAAGGACGCCGCUUAACUCUCAGUAGACUGUGGAUCCUGCCAUAUGGAGCUUUAUCUUGACAUCAUUUUUCGGGCCAUUGCAGACAUUAAAUUGCAUAAAAAUAAUUACUUCUCAUAACCCCGGAGAAUUAUUCAAACUGAUUCACUAGUUUAAAAAUUGCAUUUUGAUUAUUUUGUUAAUUAACGCACUCAUUUCCGUUGCCAUGGGGAAGCGCGCCAUAAAGCUUUCGGUAGUAGCCCAAGCAAUUUUUGGUUUUUUUACAUUUCGUCAGUUUACUGCAUGAAGUGUUGCCACAACAUGAAAACCGCUGUCUAUUUUUGACACCGCCCACAGUCUACGGACAUUUAGGUGAGGUACUUCCCCCACCGUUGCACAGUAGCUAUAACUUGAGGUGCAGGAACCACGUAUUUAAUCCAGGGUUUACCAGACAUUACUAGUUUUUUAACCGUAAACUGAAAGGUAAAAUGCUCGCGACUUAAAUAUUUAAAUGCACCAUACGGUCUACCAGUUUGCAUAGAUUUUUCAUUACGCAUGAACUAUCAAUCCAUUUCGCUCAAACAAAUAUUGCCCUUUAAAGAGCGUGUCUGUCGGUAGUCUGGUAAAAAUUUUGCAUUUGUUUUUUUAUUCUAUUAAACAGUGGAGCCCACCAACCGACUCGUUAGCACAAGCAAGGGAAGAAAUAUAAUUUUUCUGAUUUCAUCAUCCCAUGUGAUAUCAUUUGUUUAUCACCUUAGCAAAUCAAACAUGUUAAAAAUUCCAUAGUAUACCAUGAGGAUGACACGACGUACAUACGAUAAUGGAUCAGAAAACAGGUAAAGGGACAAAUAGGGAUGAACUGUCAAUGAACCGAUGUCAAGUCAUACGUCUUAAACAGAGUACUUGUUUUGUCAUUUGCUAGGGCCCAAAGUAGGAAAAAAGUACGGCAGAUAUUUACGGCCGUCAAAAUUUCCUUUUUUUUACUGCAGACACCUUCCCCACGUUGAUAGACUAAUGGUUGACACAGAGAAAGUACGCAAGAAACGAUUUUGAUCAUUCAUGUCGCUUUUACGGCUGGGAUAGUGAGAUGCAUUUGCAACAUCUCAAAAUCUAAAGAAGAUUAACAGCGAGCGGAGGGAAACAAGGACUUCUCAGCGUUUGGACGUAAUUGUCCACUUAAAUAAACCACAGUGAGCUAUUUACGAUAUAGAAGCAUGAUAUUUAUGGAAGGCUGAUAUUUUGAUAUUACUCAUAAGAAAUGUACGGCCUAGGAUAAUUGCCCAUCCUAGCUACAGUUUCAUUUUGAUUACUCCUAUGGCCAGAGGGUGCAAUUUCCCUUAACGUACAGAACCCAGCCGACCAUUGGGUACAACUCGAAAACAGGAUAAUAAGCAAUUUCACAUUUCAAGCCCAGACUUUAUAGCCUACCCUAUUGUAACUGCGACGAGAUUUUAUGACUUUGCUAUGCACAGAACAUACACGCCUCCUUUUUUAUUUGGACUUGUUGAGACUAUCUUUCCAUAGUGUCUUGUUAUUCCGAGAGCUAAUGUUUUAGGGCGACUGUUGCGGUCUUAUCUUUCCUCUUGUUAAAAGCAAGUGUCAAGAGGAUAAAACAAUUGGCCAAAAUAUCCGAAAUGAAUCUGGCUUCAAAUGCCAAUGAACACUUAUUUUUUAACUUUAUAUUUUUGAUGGAAUUCUUCUAAACAGAUACACUUGAGCGCACAUUUCCCUUUUUAACCACAUAAGGUUCGAUGACUGCUUUUAUCUCCCUACACUUAUGGGAUUUGAAACAAAUAUUAAAAUGCAUGUACUGGCGUUCAGAUAACGCAAAUGUAAUCAUUAUUCAGCAGCUUGUAUCGAAAGCGAUUCUAGGCAUUUAGCUAAAUUUUAUUCUUAUGAAAAAGGUGAUUUUACCUAUUGACUAUCGUAAUUGUCACUAGACAUCUUGCGUCUAAUUCUUGAGCGAAAAAUCGCAAUUCUAAGGAAAAGCAGGCAUUGGAGCUCUGUUUUAGAAGAAAUACAGUUCGCCCUUUAUUUAUAAACUAUGCUGUUUAAUUUUAUUUUGAUGAAAUCCUUAUCAUAGCAAUCUUUCCAGUGUUACAUGAAGUUAUUUCCGAAUCCUUUUUUUAGCAAGGCCUGAUUACUUCGAUAAGACUGCCGAAAACAAACCGAUGUUAGUCUCCGGUAACCAUAUUGAGAACUUAGAAACAGAUAACCACGCUUAAAUGCAAGCACUAAAGCGUAUUUUCUAAAUGAUGAAAUUGCUUAAAUAUACUGUUUCUGCAAUCAGAAAUAAAACCCAUCUAACGACACUAGUUUUUUUAUUACUUCUGACGUCCACAAUGUAUGCAUAGUAUGUCUGGCAUUCAGGCCCCAUGGAAAAUUUUAGGUUACGUCAGUACACUAACCCUUGUUUUACUAAUAAUAUGUUCUUUGAAAUGCUGGAUGUUUAAUGACGAUAUAGCCCUCUCAGUAGACACAUGACGAUACCCUGCAGGUACAAUUGCAUAAAAUGAUUGAAUGUAAAGACGGAGGAUCAAAUUAAAUCAAAUCACCAGCGGAUAAAGAAGAAAUCACUGGUUUCCACGCGGAAACUUACAUGAUAAUGCUUACUUACAUCUAACUCCAUUUCCCAGAAAACACUAGCUGACUUUUUGGAUAGUAUUUCUGGAGAAUAUUUCGAUAACAGCCUUUUGCUCUUGUGUUUUUUUUACUAUAAGGACGCAACAUUUUUCGAAAGGAUUAAAUAGUUAGGUCAGUAUUGGGAACUUGAAUUAGUACUCCUAUUGGAAAAUUAUGUUCCAGACGACUAAUUCUUUUGAAUAAAAACCCCAAAGACAUCGGUGCAAAUUUUGAUAUUUGACAAGACGGCGUUGUUUGAAACGCAUGCUAAGCCAGCGAUUUAGAAGAAUGGCAUGUGUGGCGUUCAAUAUUUUUCGAAUAAACUUAUAGUUUUUUAAUCUCAAGAUGACAUUGGCGAGUAUCUACAAAGGCUUUGGUUUAAUAAAUUAGUAAAGCUUUCUUAUUUGGGUUCUGAUCACUGAAUUGCAUAUACGCGUAUUCUACUCAAAGCUGAUUCUAAGUACCCACUAAUCUUUUUAUGAAUAUAUUGCUUUUAAUCCUCCAGAAUUUACCCGUGUUCACAUUUCGGACCCAGUUUAUUGCGAAAAAGCGUCUCCCGGUUUAUAUUUAAAUGCUGUUUUUAUUAUGAAGCAUUUUCCUGCAACAAAAUGCUUAGUUUGAAAUUUAACACACCUACUCCACAAAAUUUAAUCAAACAAGUCAUCAUUUCACAAGUCCAUUCUGAAUUCCUUGUCGCAUCAAACUCCAACGCCGUUUUACCACGGAAACAUGAAUUCAGAUUUUUAAGCCUAGAAAGCAUUCACUAAAUAAGGGAAUAUAAUCAAGACAGACCAUCGUGAUGUCUAAUACAUUUGUUUCUCACUUACCAACGCCUACUUAAGAGGGCGGAAUAAAAAUUGUGAUGUGCGCGACCUCUCGUACAUAUUUUGACGAUACUAUUAGUAUGCAGGUGUUUUCCGCUUGUUUGGACUAUCUGUACGCUCAAUGCUGCGAAUGCAUCGAAUACUUCCAUUGCACGCAAAUUAUUGCACAUUGCUUGAGGACUAUCUGCAUAAAAUGCCAAAGUCAAGUCGUUUGCCUGCAUUUGUUGGGUACUUCAACUUUUAUUAAACAAACUUUUACAUUUCAACAACCUGCGAUUCAUAACUGAUACUUAAAUUUGACACUGUGGCGUGAUCUGUUGCUGAAGUAAAUUACCCUGUCAGCUAAACUGUUUAUGACAUGUGUAUUAUGCAUUUUGUUAGGUUGAGCGUGUCGAAAUUAAGGAUGUACGACUGCCAGUGGCCCUUCAACGCGCAAUGGCGGCGGAAGCCGAGGCAACUCGGGAGGCCAGAGCAAGGGUGCGUCUAAACAGCAUUAAAGUGUAUCUAAUUUACAAUUGCUUUCUGUUCUUGUCCGCUCCUCCCCCCUCUAAAAUCUUGUAUUUUAUAUAUCUCAAGAAGUAGUUUCGAGAGCAUAAAACCACUUUACCACUCUACACGAAUGACAAUAAAGUGAACAGCUAACGGACACUUACUUAGUGACAGAAACAUCUUUUCUGUUGGGCUGAAAGGGACGUUCCCAGUUUAUGCCCAGUGGUUCCGAGGAAAACUAUUUUGAAAUGUGCACCCGUAGGCUAUUUGCCAACUGCACCAUCCAGGCCAAUGUACAGGAUAGAUAUCGAGGCGUGUCUUUUAUUCUCCUAGUGUUUUCUAAAGAUGGUGCGUUGAAUACGGCAGUCAAAUAAACAGUAGGGCAUCUCAUGUACAGAGGGCAUCCAACGGGGUUCCAGCGGACUAUUCUUGCUUAUGUCGUGAAUAAACGGCCUGGUCCCAUAGACAUAUGCCAGGUUUGUGGCAAAAUCGAUGGAGUUCUCUCGAAUUCAACCUGAUCGGCGGAUGCCAUGAUGACCACAUAUUAAUGAAGCAUUUACUCAGCUUGUCAGCCGUCAGGGUAAAAGGGAUACCAUACUAACAGCACAGGCACUAGUCAAAAACCCAUGCAUGCGUGUUUCGCCGCUAUUCUGCGACCGCAUGACACAGCUGCGAGGGGCUCGGCCUAUCAGUGGGUUGCUCAACAUGCCCCGUCUGCUUUCUGGUAGACACUCAAAUUUAGAAAUUGUCGCUUUUUAAUUUCCCUAAAAGUUGACGGCGAACUUGGUCAAGAUCAGUAUAUUCUAGGUCCACGGGCUGGGGCCUCAUUAAAGAGGCAAACCUUACGCAUUACGCGUAAUGCUAGUCGGCUAGGUUUGAGCGACAGUUAAAUUUGUUUUAAAGUACGCCUUGAAAGUAGGAAUGGGGCCGCCUCUGUCCCUGCAAGAAACACCAUCCGGAUUCAUUGGUCCAUCCUUACAUUCGGUUCGACUGUGAGUGCCCUUAGUUUACCAAGGAAUUGUUCUUCCGAGUGCACUGCUGCUUGUGAAUCCGCGAUUAAGGACUGUAGCUUCUGAAGUAGCCAGUUCGCAACCCAUAUAUGGAUGAGCCCAUAGACCUGGAAUAUGCUGAUCUACUAGAAGUUCGCAGUUAAUUUCUAAGGAAAUUGAAAAACGACAUUUUUAAAAAUUGGAUUAUCAACAAAAAAGCAGAGCUGAUGCUGGGGGACUCACUGAUAAGCCGAACCACUCGUAGCUGCUUCAUGCAGUGACAAAAUAGCGUCACCCCACGCGUGUACUAGCUAUUUACUAGCACUUAUGCUGCAAUCCUGGUAUAACCUUGUUCUAAAGUAUCCUACAAGCCGCUCGUCGGAAAUUUAUGAAUAGUACGCGGUUACCCACUGAGGCCGAUUAAAUUUGGCCCAAAUAUUCUACUAUGAAAAUUAGUGUCUGAGCCAGUAGACCUUGAAUAUACUGGUUUGCUCUAAUUGCGCAGUUAAAAAGCAACAAUGUCGGCCUUCAGUUCAAUCACCCCUUGGAUACGCAGUAUUGAUUAUUAGAACCGAGUUGUCGCAUUAUCUGGUAGCCGCCCAGGUCAGGAAGUUAAUCGCACUUUGGUACUUUCAAAGCGCAUCAGAUUUAUCCUUCCUUUCCGCACGCACCGUGCUGUGUGAAGACGUGGUGGACAUCAACGCAUGCACCGGUUAAAUUUUUAUCAGGACAAACAGUUGAUGCACCAGCUCAUGUAAUUUUGACCGAAAUUCUGAAGUGCGUUUUCCACUCGAAAAGACUAAUUAAAAAAGGUUGUAAUAGUAAUAACCGUGCAGCAUAAUCGAAAGAUAUUGCAUUUUCUUCGGGAUGCUAACUUUUGAACAAAUUUCUUUUCGGCCGCCUGAAAAACUAUACUCUGUAAAAUUUGAAUACUUAAUACAGUGAGUUUUACCCACUUUUUAAAUGUAUUUCUACAUCUGAGUAUAUCCCAUAGAAACCUGCAUAAAAAUAUUAACUCAAGUGUAUUCUUGUACAAAAGCUUGCUUUUUUGAAAAUUCUUUUCUUAAAAAAAGGGCUAUAAAUUCUUUCCAGUUCUCGAAUGCUCUUGGAUCCGACCUGCCGUAACACAUGCAUUCAGAGUUUGCAAACUGCAAGUUGCGUAUUUGUCGUGUACAAAAUUCAUAUAUGUUUGCUGGUUAUUAUGAGGAGGCUAUAUAGGCUUCGUGAUAUGUGGCAGUUCAUUCGAUUCAUAUAGUAAAUGCAACAAACUAAGACUGAAAGUGCUGAGACACAAUUUUCACUGAGCAAGAAUUUCAAGGCCCCGAAAAACUCCAUAAUAAGAAGAUUUUAUAAAUGAAUCAUACCCUUCAUUUAAGUAUACAUGUUGAAGAAGACGCGAUGUUCUACCAAAUAAGUAAACAAAUAAAAAUGUGUACGUAUGUUUUCUGCAAAAUGUAUUCGAACGUAUAAGGUAGUCGAAAAUCACAUUUUGCAUAGCGUACUUUUGCGGGCGGUUAAAAAAGUAUUACCUUUAAAGCCGGCAUCCCGAAAUAACCAAAUUCUUGCGGAAUUAUGCUGCAAGGUGAUAAGUAUCACGACUCUACUUAGUAAUAUUUUCAACUUAGAAAACGCAUUUACUAAUUUCGGUUGACAUUCCAUGAAAAGGUACAUCUUCAGUAUCUUAAGAACAGUUUUUCUAACCCAACUUAAUUUGCAGCAAACAAUAUCGUCAAAUAAAGGCCAUGGUAGAAUUUUUAUCGAGUUUGAGUACUGUGCUCUGCUUAAGCGCAACCUCAUAAGGGCAUACGGGCUUUUAACUGCGUUUUAAAGAAAUGUAUCCGUAAUAGCAUUUUUAUGUUAAUCCUCGAUAUGUGUCAAAUAGAUGGCAUUUAAUUAAUUAAUGUGCAGCCAGUGGUUCAGAAAUGUAGCAGACGGAGAUAAAAUACGUUUGCGCCGUCAAACAGGUCGAAAUGGUAGGGGAAUACUAGGCAGCAAAACACAACUCACGGUGGUGAAGGUUUUUUAAGAAUGGGCGUAAUCGAUAUAAUUAUUUCGAUUAGCCGCAAUGCCUUUCAGAAUUUGUGUCGUUGAAAAUCAUCCUUGACCGGGUGAUUUCUGAUAUAUAAACAAGGACAAACAACUACAUCUCUUCAAAAUACAGAUUAUUCGUCACGGUAUUGUGAUGUUACUAUGAAGGUUAGGGUGAAGAAGGAUGAGGAGGAGAUACGUUUAAGAAAAUAAAUCGCUAAAUGUGCCAUCGUCCAAAUAAUGCUAUUGACUUAUCAUCAGCACCAUCUGGUGAGCCAAGCACAGCACAGACGUUCUGAGGCUCCCAGCACUUACAAAUCACCACGCCUACCAGUGCCAACUGGCGCCCGGGGCUACACUGACUAAUUCGUUCUUUGGCAAUGUGCUCUAUGGGGACUAGGUAUGCGGAUGAACAGAAAUUUUACAGUCAGCUAAAGGGAUAAGUAAUUGUUUUCAUCUAGGUGGAUGUCAUGCCUCAUUUCGAAUUCUAAACUGACUGAGGGUAAACUGCAGAGCAUCCGAAUGUGUCAUCAAUGACUUCAACUACAGUAUGAUCACCACCAGUUGGCGCGUUGAUUGUCACCCAAAAAUGCACUACAGCAAACAUGUCACAGAUAUGGGGAAUUUCGUAAAACAAGAUGAUUAAGAAUUACUUUUAGUCGAGUCUAAUACUACUCAAAUUUCAAUGCAGCAACGCCCAAACUAGCUGCAAAUCAACUAGUUCGUGCAAGAUGCCUGUUUGUUACACGUUUUGUUCCGUCCUGCAGUCUCUUAAGAACAAUUUUGUAAGAUAAUGUGUUCCCUAGACCAUGCGUUAUCGCAGAAUUUACUUUCAGAAUCAAUCCGCGAACAUUCUCAGAGGAAAAUGAGCCUCUUGGAAAACUAGUGAAUAAACAACAGCACUUAAUGAAGGUAACUGCAUCGAAACAGUUAUUCUGUCUAAGGUCUCAUGGCCCAUUACAAACGUGCCUAUUUUGCGCAGAGUAUUCUAUUCGAAACAAUUUAACACCUGAUUUAUAGCUCGUACAACAGAAUAAUACGUUUUACAUCAUCGAACAUCAACCAACAUCCAACGCACGUGAUGAAAUUGCAGCAAUUAACUACGCAAAUAUCGGCCAUCACGCCACGGGCAACGAACCCUGGUGAAGGGGAGGGAGCCGGGAAUAUUCAUAGGUAUGCGGUAGCAUGGCUACUGCAUCCUAUAAAUACUGCAGCCGCAUGUGCAUGAGCCACCCUUAUCUGCUUAUGUUUCUGAUGGUGGAUUCGAGCAGGAAUCCGAAACGUCAGGCUAUUAAAGCUCUUGUCCCGGCGAUCGUGUCUUCUUCUUCAAGACUGCUUCCUGGGACUCAUCUCUUCGCUUCUAUUGGCAACAUUUUACAGAUACCUGUUUGCGUGCGCCUCCGUGAACACAUAUACACAUAUAUAGUGCGAAUAACAUUUUUGGAACAAAUGGCUAAUUUAAAUGCAAAAUAUGAUUGAAAAACCGACAAAAAGCGUGUAAACCUGUCUAAAAUACCCAUCGCUCAUUGUUUUGAUUCAAAUUGCCGACGUUAUUCGGAUUUCCAUAGCGUGCUGGCUCGUCCACAAUGCGAGGCAAAUUAUUUUUUAUAAUGUUGGCUUGCUAUUAACGACGCAUAUUGUCAGCGCCCAAACCAUAUUUCAGGAGAAAGGCCUUGCGUUAGUGUCGAAGUCUAACAUUCCAGAAUCCUGUAAAAUUAAUUAUAUUAGGUUGCUCCAUUUUAACAUUACAUGAAUGAGGCUUUACUGUUCGGAAACAGGAAAAAGUACUCGCCCUACCUCAGUACAUCGCCUGCAUUCAAAAUACGUACAUAGUCCACUGUUGUGAAAACAUCUUGAUUGCGUAAAUAGGUGUUUUCCCUACACAUAAAAUGCACUGAGACAUGACCAUCCCGUCAAGGGUAUCACAAAGCACGGCGUUCUGACAGGCACUUUUGAAUCAGACUCAGUGUUAGACAGCGAUGAUUUGCUUUAAUGUCGAAGCUUUCCACCAACUGUAUGCUCGCAUGUCAUCAAAGACCGAUCUCUCUAUGCCAAGCAAGACAGUGUAGGUAAUACCGCUAGCUCAUAACUUGUGUGUGGAAGAAGGACGACAGAUUAAAUUUGAUAGCCUCGUGAAUUUUAGGAGACCAGAAAGAGGCAAAGCAAAGAAGCCAUGAAUCAAAAAACUGUCCAGUCAUAAAAAAAAGUCAGACGUUUGAUCUCUUGUCGUAUUCGUACUUGAUGUGGAUUUAUUGUAAGGAUUCCAGUUAAGAGUAAACGACAGCGACAUCAAACGCACAACAAUGCGAUACGGAUCUUGCGGGAAUUUCAAAUUGUGAAACGAUAGGAAAGUAGAUCACCUAAAAUUGCAGGCACCGUAAGUAGUCUAGAGGAGUAGUGUUGGGUGUAGCGGCUGUGAGCCAGUCCAACCAAACAUGGUUAGUCGCCUUCGAACCGCAUUACACUUCAUAAAAAUUAACGGUCAUAUUUUUUUAAAAACAACGCCAAAAUAUCCUGCACCUGAAGUAAAUUCCCCAAAGCAACUUUAAGGUCUAUUAACAUUGUACUACCACCACACAUUAUGCUGUAAACAUUUAUUAUUCCUGGUGAAGUACUCGUUCGGCUAACUGUUGUUAACUCUGAACAUGAAUCAAGGUGAUCGCUGCCACCGGCGAGCAUCGUGCUUCCAGCGCCCUGAAGGAGGCCGCCAAGGUGAUUGCCUCCUCCCCACUGGCGCUUCAGCUCCGCUACCUGCAGACAAUGUGCGCCAUCUCUGCCGAGAAGAACUCCACCAUCAUCUUUCCCCUCCCCAUUGAUAUCCUCCAGACUGGGGUUUCAAGCGGCGCUCUGCUGGGGAACGCUCAACCCCCUCCGAAUGGUAUGAAACAUGCUCUGGUAAAGGGCUGGCUGCCCAGUAUACCGGACUAUCCCCCGAGGGAGAAGAGCUCCUCUCCGUCCCCUGAACCAAGGCCACAGAGACUUCCAUCGGAGUCAGCAGGAAGAUACGGCCGGUCGGAAAAAGAAGUAGGCACAGCAAUGGAGGAAAAAGGUGGCGGAGGAGGAGCAGGUGGAGACCGUGGAAUGCCGACACCGGCACUAGAAGUUCACUCGCCUGUGCACGACGGUGAUUAUGACACCUACAGCGACUCCGUUUGA